AUGCUCAUGUACCCGCAGAUUUCAGACUUUGGGUUGUCCAGAUGGAUAGAGCAGUUCAGCCGGAUACAGUACAUUGAGAGAUCAGCCUUGAGGGGCACCCUGAGCUACAUCCCGCCCAAAAUGUUUCUCCAUAGCACCAGGCCUCCAGGAACUGAAUAUGAUGUGUAUAGCUUCAGGAUUGUCAGUUGGGAGGUUCUUAUGCAGAAGAAGCCAUAUUCAGGAGCCAACAUGAUGGCCAUCAUAGUCAGGACUUCAGCAGGCAGGCGGCCCUGCCUAGAGUCCAUCUGUGAUGAGUGGCGGAAAUGCCAGCAGAUGGUUGACUUGCUGAAGAAGUGCUGGAACCAAGACUCCAAGAAAAGGCCACACUUCACAGAUAUCCCUGUGGAAACUGACAUGCUCCUGCCAUUAAUGCAAAGCCUUGUGGUGGAUCCAGAGAAUGAGUGCCUUGUCAGGAAGAUGUCUCACAAGCCCAACAGAUCUGGGAGCCAAAAAAACCAGAAACUAGGAUCCAUCUCUCCCAAGACACAAGUAGUAGUGAGACUGAUCUCCCACGUUCCCCACCAGCGAGGUCAAGGACCUGGAGAGCUUGAAAAUGGCCUCACCCUGCUUCACCUCGUGGUGAUUCAAGGAAAUGUGGAGAAGGUGACGUUUCUGUUGAGUCAGGAGGCCAACGUGGACAUCCACCUGGUCUGUGGCUACACCCCACUCAUUGUGGCUGUCCAGAAGAGGUCACCAGAGAUCUGCUCAGUUCUAAUAGAGCACGGUGCGGAUGUCAACAUGGCUGACAAAGACAGCUGUUCCCCUCUUCACUUUGCGGCUCAGAAUGGGGAUGACAGGAUUGUGUGCCUCUUGCUGGACCACCAGGCACAGGCAGACUCCCAAGAACAUGAAGGAUGGACUCCACUUCACUUGGCAUCUCAGAACAACUUCAAGAACAUGGCCAGGGUGCUGCUUUCCCAUCAGGCUGACCCCAACUGCUAAGAGAACAUUGGGAGAACUGCCCUCCACAUGGUAGCUUGCUUCGGGCACAUCAGCCUUGUGAAACUCCUAGCUAGUCAAGGAGCUGACCUAGAGAGGAAGCAGAAGAACCACCAGACCCCACUGCACUUUGCUGUGGAGAGGGGUAAGUUCAGGGUGGUCCAAUACCUCCUGAAGCGUGGAGCAUCUAUCGACUGCCUGGAUGAGAAUCACUACAGUGCCUUUCACAUGGCUGCGGUGAAGGGGAAAUACCCGAUGUGUGAAAAAUUGAUCAAAUACAGGGCCAAUGUGGACUUGAGGAUGAACAAAGGGUGGACCCCCUUACACCUGGCUUGUUUUAAGGGCCACAUUGAAAUCAUCUGCCUGCUAAGAGACAACCACGCUAAACUGAAUGUCAAAGGAAGCAUGGAUUGGACACCUCUUCACGUGGCCACCCGCUAUAGCGAAGAGUCUGUGGUCUGCGAGCUCCUGAGAGGCAAGGUAGACCCCAACAUCACUGAGAAAUCAGAGUGAACCCCUCUGCACCUCACUUUCCAGUGGGGUGCCUUCCUGAGCAUCAUCAACCUUCAGGAGCACAAAGCAGACAUCAUUGUUAAGAACAAGGUGGGUUGGACUCCCCUGCGCCUCGCUGUCCUCAGUGGCAACAUGGCUAUCAUAAAGACCUUAAUCAAGGCUGGUGCUGUGCUGGAUGUGGAGGACAUAACUGGCUGCACGCCCCUUGAGCUAGCCAUUAGGAAUCAGAAGCAAAGCAUUGCUACCUUGCUGCAAGGAAAGGACUUGCCAGUGAAUAACAUGAGGGUGACAUGGAGUGGUGAAAAAGCUUAA